AUGGCGGACUGCUUCCCUCCCGAGUCGGACGACCUCCACCGCCGCUGGCUGCCGCGGGAGAUCUUCGCCGACAUUGGCAUCGUCGACCCCGAGGCUGCCGCCGCCGUCGUCGUCACCGAGCCCACGCCCGAGGCCGCCACCGCCGCCGCCGCCGUGGAGGAGCUUGCGGCGCAACUCGCCGGCAUCCUCGGCGGCGGGUCCAAGGUGUGGCCGCUCGCCCCGCCGCCACCCCCGGCCCCGCCCGCCGCCGCCGCCGCCCCGCGCCACGGCGCCAAGGUCUGCGGGCUGGAGGGGAGCGUCGUCGUGUCCUGCGGCGCGACCAAUGGCGGCGGCGCUGGUGCCGGCGCCGUGUCCUGGCCGUUCUUGCCGUACCCGCAGCUCCAGUGGCAGGUCGGGAGCAGCCUGGUGAACCACGGCGGCGUGCUGGACUACCCGGUGCUGCCCCCCGCUCUGCCCUGCCACGUCCCGCCGCCGGCGAACCUGCGCGGCGGCACCGGCGUGUUCCUGCCGCGCGUCGAGGCGUACCGCUACGCGCCGGCCACUCCCCCGGCCACGGCCAAAGGUGGGGCUUGGGCUGGUGCAGCGGCAAAGCCGUGGGCUGCUGGGACUGCCAGCAGGCCGGCAACGGGGAAGAAGCAGCAGCCGCAGACCGAGCAUGCGACGCCGACAAAGCAGCAGCAGCCGCAGCAGGCCACCGGCGCUUCGCAGGCGCUGGCCCUGCCCCAGGACUGGCGCUACCGCUGA